GAGGUCUACAUGGUGAUCAUUUGGAUUCGCUUCGUUGUAUUAUGUGGGUCAUUGCCACUUCCUCCUCCUCCUCACACUGUCCUUCUGAGCAUUCCUCCCCAUCCUCCAUCUUCUCUCCAUCCCUCCUUUUUAUUGAUCAUCCAAUAAGAUGGUUUUAAAAACAAACAGAGGGGCAAACGAGUGAUUGAAGGAAAAGAUGUGAAGAAAAACAGAUUCUUAGGUGGUGCAGAAGAGGAAAAGAGAAAAAAAGAGAUCCACAACAAGAAGGGAGAGACAGAGACAAAGGAAGUGAUGAACAAACAAGAUUAUGAUUAUAGUAGGAAAUUAUUCUAAUUCAGGGGCCUUAAUGUUAAGACACAAUUAAAUCUCUUCGAUCCAAAAGAGAUUGAGUGGAACUGUUUGUGUGUAUGUGUCUGAAAAGUUAAAAUAUCACAUUUUCUCUGUUACAGUUUAACGUGCAAAGUAUAAAUGCACAACAAAAAGGAAACACCCAGACAACAUCCCUGCUAUCUUUAAAUCCACAGGGGCGCUGCAGAGUGUGAAGAUGGCCAACGUUGUGGCUUCUUACGACCAGCUGGCCCACCAGGUGGAGGCACUCCGUAAGGAGAACUCCCACCUGAGGAGGGAGCUGGAGGACAACUCCCACCACCUGUCCAAACUGGAGACCGAGACCACCGGCAUGAAGGAGGUGUUGAAGCAGCUUCAGAGCAAACUGGAGCAGGAGGCAGGUACACUGGCCUCGUCCGGGAGGAGCGACGUGCUGCACCAACUGAAAGAGCUCCACAUGGACCUCACCAACUAUUACGAACUCAAGCAUGAGCCUCACAACCUGAGGCUGUUGAUGGACAGCAUGGGAGGGACGGAGCUCGACGACCGUCUGCCUCUGCCUCCUUCCUCCUGCUCCUCUUCCUCGGCGGUGAGCAGAGCCAGGAGUCCCCUUCGAGGCCCGUCCCGCCUGAGCGCGGCGUCCGGGGGGGAAGCGGCCGCCAUCUUAGUGCCGCACCACUUCCUGGAUGGGGCGCCGCCCAAAACAGCUGUGAUCAGUGGGGCGGAUGGACGAAUGAGCGACCACCACCAGGAGGAGCUGUACAAGGAGAGGAACCUCCUGCUGGGGGAGAUCGACCGGGAGGAGAGGGAGCGCUGCUGGUGCUUCAGCCAGCUGGAGGAGCUGUCUCAGAGACUGGCUCAACUGCCUCGCAUCGACACGUUUUCUCUCCAGAUGGAUAUGAUCAGGAAGCAGCUGGAGUUUGAGGCCCAGCGGGUUCGUUCUGUAAUGGAGGAACGUUUCGGUACCAAUGACGAGAUGGUUCAGAGGACACAGAUGCGCGUUGCUCGUCUGGAGCAGCUGGAGAUAGAGCUGCAGGAGGCCCGAGGGAGUCAAGAGACAGAGCUACAGCUGUCUGGUGCUGAGAAGCCCCCUGCUGGAGAACCAGACAACAGCACGUCAUCAGCGGCAGCAGGAAGCGACGCUCCCACAGACGGAGGCAGCAAGGUGGAGAUGGUGUUCUGGCUGCUCUCCAUGCUCGCUAACAGAGACAAGGAGGAGAUGUCUCGGACCCUGCUGGCGCUGUCCAGCUCUCAGGACAGCUGCAUUGCCAUGAGGAAGUCCGGCUGCGUUCCUCUGCUGGUCCAGAUCCUGCACGAAGCCCCCGUGGGUGGCGGAGGCGCCCCCGGAGAGGCGGCCCUUGCUGGUACGGCGACGGGCUGCAGCAGAGAGGCCAAAUCCAGAGCCAGCGCCGCCCUCCACAACAUCAUCUACUCCCAGCAGGACGAGGGCCAGGCCCGCCGGGAGAUGAGGGUGCUGCACAUGCUGGAGCAGGUCCGGACCUACUGUGACAGCGGCUGGGACUGGAUCGAGAGCCACGCGGGGACGCCGUCUCCUGGGGGAACCAAAACCACCAACAUCCCUGAACCGGUGGAACCUCAGAUCUGCCAGGCCAUGUGCGCCAUCAUGAAGCUUUCUUUUGAAGAGGAGUACCGACGCGCCAUGAAUGAAUUAGGUACCUCACGGCACCUGCUGGUGCUUUGUCUCACUCCCACACCAUCAAUGACACGAUCGGCUCAGAUUGUGUGUUUUCCUCCAGGCGGUCUGCAGGUCGUGGCCGAUCUCAUCCACCUGGACCAGGACAUGUAUGGUAUGCAGAACGACCCCAUCAACAUGGCCCUGCGCCGCUACGCAGGGAUGGCCGUGACCAACCUCACCUUCGGCGACGUCGUCAACAAGGCUACUCUGUGCUCAAAGAAGAGCUGUCUGCAGGCUCUGGUAGCCCAGCUGUCCUCUGACAGUGAGGAGCUUCACCAGGUGGUCUCCAGCAUCCUCAGGAACUUGUCCUGGAGGGCUGAUAUCAGCAGCAAGAGAGUCCUCAGAGACAUCGGCUGCGUUUCUGCACUGAUGACCUGUGCCCUCCAGGCCACCAAGGAGUCUACCUUAAAGAGCCUCCUCAGUGCUCUAUGGAACCUGUCGGCUCACAGCAUCGAAAACAAAGUGGCAAUCUGUUCAGUGGAUGGUGCUCUGGGCUUUCUGGUCAGCACACUAACGUACCGCUGUCAAACCAACUCGCUCGCCAUCAUCGAGAGCGGUGGUGGAAUUCUUCGAAAUGUGUCGAGUCUAGUUGCCACACGGGAAGAUUACAGGCAAAUCCUCAGGGACCACAACUGCCUACAGACUCUGCUGCAGCACCUGCGCUCCCACAGCCUGACUAUAGUGAGCAACGCCUGUGGCACUCUCUGGAACCUUUCUGCCAGAAGUCCAAAAGACCAGGAGCUGCUGUGGGACCUUGGGGCUGUUAGCAUGCUUCGCAACCUUAUCCACUCUAAGCACAAAAUGAUAGCGAUGGGCAGUGCCGCCGCUUUAAGGAAUCUCCUCACUAAUCGACCCCUAAAACACAAGGAUGCUGCAGUCAUAUCCCCUGGCUCCUGUAUGCCCUCACUCUAUAUGAGGAAACAGAAGGCUCUGGAGGCAGAGCUGGACGCCAAACACCUAGCUGAGACUUUUGAUACUCUUGAAAAACAGAGCCCAAAGCACCUCACCAACAAGCCGCUACGACACAUUGAGAGUCUGGCAAAGGAUUACGCAUCUGAUUCUGGUUGUUUUGAUGAUGACGAGGCCCCAAAUGUUUCCGGUAGCCUGGACACUGGGAGCUUGUCUAUGCUGUCAAUGUUUCUUACCAACUCGAACUUCCUUCAAAACCAACCACGUAAGAGAGACACUGACCCUGAAAGAGACGUAGACAUGCCUCAGAUGGUCGAGAAGAGACUUGCUCCCAUUGACGAUGUAUCAGCCGCUGCGGAGAAGCUAGCAAAAAAGAUCACCAACACGGUGGCCAAGAUUGACAGGUUAGUGGAGGACAUCACCAUGCACACAUCCUCUGAAGAUAGUUUUAGCCUUAGCUCUGAAGAUCACUUGGCAGACUGGCCUUGUGGACUGGAUGAACUAAAUGAAGCCCGGGCAAAAUCCUCCUCCCCCUGCCGUCUAUCGGAUACAAGCAGCUUGGCCCACAGAGAACGCCUCAAUAGAGCCCAUGCGCUCUUGCGCCUCAAAAACGCCCAUACAAGUCUAUCAACAGACAGUCUAAACAGUGGAAGCACCAGUGAUGGCUACUGCGGCAGCAAAGACCAGAUACGACCCUCCCCAAAAGCUCUUAUGAUGCAACAACGACCCAACCAGCUUGAUCUAAAGGUGGCUCAUCAAGAUUACCUCAAUGUAAGACCCGCCCUUCUGACAGAGACAAACCAACAAGAUAUUCCAGAGAGAGAUUGUGUGGACAACACAGGUGUUUUAGAUAUUAAGCUCAGCAGCACAGAUGCAGAAAAGAACCAGGAUCAACCUUUACAAACACCUGUCAGUGCAUCAACUAAACUCUCCUCUGAUGUCAGCAUGUCUUCAAUUAAGCUGUCUCCUUCCUACCAGCAGGUCCCACUUAUUCAAAGUGUCGCCAAAUUUGGUGUAGCAAAGACAGCCAUCAAUGUCCAGGCUGCCCAAGCAAUGAGGAGGCAAGCAUGGGUACCUACUGGGAUGACUGUGGGUAGUAUUACAAAAUUUUCUCCAAUGACAUCCAGAAGCCCAACUAUCGGCUCGAUGGAGACGGUGCAGAAAUACUCGGUAGAGAACACCCCUAUUUGUUUCUCCCGCUGCAGUUCACUGUCUUCUCUCUCUUCUGGCGACGGGGCACUGGAUGGACAGAGUGAGAAUGAGCUAGAGAGUGACUCUUCAUUAGAAAUAAUUGAAGUGGAGGAUGGAGAAGAGGUGAAGAGAGCUGAAGAGGAUGAAACCUUGGAGGAUCUGAGUGACAGCCAGCUUUUGAUGACCGAUUCAAAAACCUUCCCCAGCAAAGACACUGAUCCCAUUGAGAUUUCCUGCCCUGCAAAAAGAGAAAAGGUGUUCCUUAGAGGAGCUUCACCUGCCUUACUGGAAGAUAGGUCUCCAUCCAGUUCCUCUGAGAACUACAUUCACGAGACACCUCUGGUAAUGAGUCGCUGUAGCUCAGUCAGCUCACUGGGCAGCUUUGAGGCUUCCUCAAUUGCCAGCUCAAUCCAAAGUGAUCCUUGCAGUGAGAUGAUUGAUGGUACAAUAAGCCCUAGUGAUCUUCCCGACAGCCCAGGUCAAACCAUGCCUCCUAGUCGAAGUAAAACUCCAUGUUGCAUUGAGCCAAAUGGACCAGAGACACAGGCCACUGAAACAGCGGGCCAAUGGGAAAGUAGUCUGCGAACUUUCAUGGAAAUUGCAGACUCCAAAGAUAGGUUUAACCUUCCUCCUGACUUGGACACUAUGAUCUACUUCACUGUGGAAAAGCCCAGUGAGAACUUUUCUUGUGCAUCGAGCUUAAGUGCUCUGCCUCUUCACGAACACUACAUACAAAAAGAUGUGGAGCUGAAAUUGACCCCUCUACUCCAGCAAAAUGAUAAAAAUCUUCCUUUCCCUGAUAACAAUGAGCAAGGAUUUGAGCACGGGGAGAGAUAUAGUGAGAAUUCAGACGAUGACAUAGAAAUCUUAAAGGAAUGCAUCAACUCAGCAAUGCCCUCCAAGUUCCGAAAAGUAAGAUCUUCCCUGAUGACAACCAUUUCUCCUCAUAUUCUCAAUUCUCAGAUCCGGAAACAGAUACAUCUUCCAAUGUACAUGAUGCUUCCGAAUGGCAAAACCCAACUGUGUCCCGGGAGGAGAAUUGUUAUUCCACAAAAGGACUUUAAAUUUGAUGAUUCAUCCUUCACUGAUUCUGCAGAAGGUACACCAGUCAACUUCUCCAGCACAACAUCGCUAAGUGAUGAAACACUUCAGUAUCCAGUAAAAGAGAGGGGUGCUAAAGAUUGCACAGCUAAAGGAAUGAACAAACAGGAAUUGCUCAAUGAUGAAGCAAAGAGGAUUGAAGACUUGAGGAUAUUCUCACACUUCCAUAAACCCAACCGAAUGAACUACCCACCUGAGAUACAAAUGAACCAAACCACUAAACAUAUCGUCCCCACUCAGAGGGUGCUCAUGCAGAGCAAGGAGGUAGCCGACCGAGUAGCAAAGCAAAGAAAUCGUGAUCAGUCUCCUAACCAACAAAAUAAGAGACAAGGUCAAGGGCCAGUCAGGAAAUUGGAUCUGCCCGUCAUUAAGCAAAACACAGAAAGUAAUCGCAAUGUUGGUUCACAAAAAGCUAAAACAGUCUACCGACAAACAACACGUUCUUCAGAGGACAGUAACAGCUUCUACGGGGAAAAGAAUGAAGCACUGAAACGAACAAGUAAAAAGCAAAUAAGGGAAGGAAAUAAAAAUGCACUUUCCCGUAGCAUGACCAGUAUUGGCAAAAUUGACAAUUCACAAGCAAUGACCAGGGGAUUUCACAGGAUAAAACAAAAUCUGAUGAAGGAUGAAUCAUUAGCAUGUUACUCCCUCAGCUCCUCACUUAGUUCACUGAGUGAUGCAGAGUUUGAGGAUCAUAAAUCAAGAGCCCAGCAAAUUUGGUACAAAAACAGACACAACAAAACAUUGAAUAUGAUUAAACAAACAAAGUUUAUGAACAUCCACAGCCAAUAUGAAGAGCCAAGCUCGCCAAGCUCUGUCAGCAUGGAUUCAGAGGAUGAUCUCCUUCAGAAAUGCAUAACCUCUGCCAUGCCAAAGCAGAGGAGGAAGCUUGCCGCAAGGAAGAAAAAAGCAGAAAAUACUCAAAAACAAAAGGCCGCUGAUGUGUGGAACGAGGAAAUGGAUAGUGAUGACACAGCUUGGGAUAAAGAUUCAGACCUCAAUAGUGUUGAAUGGAGAGCAAUACAAGAAGGUGCUAAUUGUGUUGUCACUGAGCUGCAAGCAUCAAAGUCUCAGGAGCCAUCCUCGGAAGAGACUGAAUCUGUCCUGUCCUUCAUGUCAACAUCCAGCUUCACACCUAAGGAAAGGAAGUUUGCAAAAGACAAAAAGGCAAAUAAACCUCUAGACUUUGCACAGCGCAAGCCAGUUCCAAAUUUACCAAUGGUUUUCAGAGGCAGGACAGUGAUCUAUACGCCAAAAAAAGAUACAGCUCCAUCACAAAUACCUCCUCCCAGAAAAACAGAUGCUCCAAAGAAUCCUAACCUGGCUCAGCACCGAUCAAAGAGCCUUCACCGAUUAGGACACCCGCAGGACUUUGAACUGUCCUUGCCAAAGAGGAGCUCUACUCCACCUCCAAGGAUACCAAAAAGUUCAUCCUCUGGAUCAUCGCAAAGUUCUACACCAUCCAAGCAGUCUCAGAAGAAGAUGUUAUCCCCAACUCAGACUAAUAAAUCAAUCCAGAAAAAUAAUUCCUCCCCACCUAGUAGCCCGCCAGCUAGUGGUCCAGUGGAAAGAAAAGGACGCUCUCCUGUUGUGAAUCAUAAUGAAAAGUCACCACCCCCUAAAACUCAAAAGUCACCUGUGCGAAUCCCUUUUAUGCAAAAUACAGUCAGGCCCAGGGCUCUGUCGCCUCUGGUAACUAACCAGACAACCACAAAACAAACCAGUCAGGUCAACGGGAAACGGGUCCCCACUGCCAAUCGAUUUGGACUGGUCAGGAUGACUUCUGUCCAUUCAAGUGGCAGUGAGUCUGAGCGCAAUGGAUUCUUGAGACAGCUGACUUUCAUUAAGGAAUCGCAAACUGUGCUGAGAAGAGAUGGCUCUGCACGAAACAGGCCUGGAUCUCAGAAUGGAUCCCCCCACAAAGCAGUUCCUGGAGCAUCAGCUGUCUUUCUUUGCUCAUCCCGCUGUCAGGAACUUAAGGUAGCUGCGCAGACCCCGAGAAGGGUGCAAGUAAAAAGUCCAAGGCAAACACAGGAAGUCCAGAGGGCAGACCGCGGCGGACAAAAGCACACCACCAACCUCUCACGAGCAACCUCCAGUGAAAGGGACUUGUCUACAAGGCGCCCACACAGGAGAACCAGCUCUGAAAGCCCCUGCAGGGUAGCCGAGCGAAACGCGCAUACAAGAGUGUCCGGAACCAGGCAGCAGCAAGACAAGGACAACUUUAAACGUCACGCCUCAUCACCAAGUAUUAACGUACUGAGCCGAGUGACCAGCCGCUCUUCCCUUCGCUCGUCUUCAUCCGAUUCAAGUGGAAGAGCAAAGAGUGAAGAUGAUACAAAGAAAAAGGGGCACAGGUCUGCAUCACGGCUAAAUGACAGAGUUACAUGGAGGAGGAUCAGGGAUGAAGAUGUGCCUCAGAUUUUGAAAAGCACCCUGCCAGCCAAUGCAUUACCUUUGGCUCCUUCUCCUGACGGUGAGCUGCCAAAGCCACCAGCUCUUCCAGGAAAACUGCCAACCAUUCUACUUGCAUCACGCAAAACAAGUGAUGCAACAGUCCAGACAGAAGAUUUUUCAAAUAACAAGACCAACUCAAGCACCUCUCCAACGGUUGAAACAACUCGGGUGAUCUCAGAGGAAGUUGUACGAUUUACGCAACUCAGAACGAUUGGUGCCAUUUCUGGGAGUAACCUACAAGAUGGAGAAUCCGAGGUGCCACUUAAGAGUCGCAGCACCGCCUCCACUGGUACGUCAGACAGCCACGUGGGUGGAGCUGUCCAUUUCCGCCAAGGGUCCCCCAGCAAGGCUGCCCGAAUCACUCCAUUUAAUUACACCCCAAGCCCCAUUUCUUGUAGCAUGCAAGACCCACAAAGCCAAGAGGCCCCAAUUAACGAAAAGUCAGGAGCCAAAAGUGAGUCGUAGGGAUGUUAGGUAGAUUACUUAACAACACAAAUGACUUUUCUGUGUUCCUGGAUGAAACUCAGCACUGGACAUUUUAGGAGUGUGCUGGUUCCUUUACCUCGGGUACUGACCCCUCACUUUCCCCAUUCACUGCAUUCAAGUUUCGCUUCCUGAACAAUUGACCACAGCUUCCAUAGACCAUUCAUACAGGUUGGAUGUAUGCGUUGAGACAGGUCUGAGAUGAGCAGACCAUCAAUAACUUUUAGAGAUGCACUUCACAGAAAAAACCCACAUGAAACCGAAGUGUAUCUUUUUGUACUUUUUUGUAUUUGUAGAAUAAUCAUUGCCUGGUAGAAAUGUCAUGAAACAUUAAGCAAAAUACAUUUAUCUUGAUUUUAGCACACAACCCACCAUUGGACACAAUUGAUAAAAAAUAUAUAUGUAUUAUGCAAACUUCUGAAGGAAUUCUCAGCUGGGCUUUUCCUUAGAAGGUAAUCUAACUAAAUCAGACUGUUGAAAGAUUCCCAAAGGAUUAAGUCGACAUGUAAAGUAUUUUUUACAUACACGUAUGUGCAUCAAAGCUCCUGGCCUUCAUCAACUGAGUAUGACCUUCCCUGUUCCACCAAGAGCCCUGGAGGGUUGGGGUUACUUUUUUUGAUAAAACAUUUCUUCAAAUUAAUUCUGUAAUCAGCUUAAUUCCAUUUAACUUGUGCAUUAGGCAAUUGUGAUCAUAGACUAGGUUGAAUAUGUAUUACAGGUCGACCCGAUGAAAAUCUUUAAAUCUUGAACUUUAAAACAAAAAUAUACUUUUGGGACAACUGAUGAAAAACAAACAGGAGUUUGUUAAUCUGACUUGAGAACCAGGAUUAAUUUGAGGAUAUGAUUUAUGAAUAGUUUCCACCACAACACCUACUAGACUAUAGUUCCAUCACUGAUACAGAACGUGUUUUUCCCAACUAUCAGCUUAUUCUAGAAAACUUCAACCUGCUUCUGUACUCUGUCUUUCUGAGUAUUGUAAAUAAUAUGCAGAUAUACAAAAUCAUCAAGCUUCCUGGUGGGCAAAGGAAGCUGUGUUGCUCCCGGACAGCAUGCUAAUAUAACCACUGACUGUAAACACACCUGUCAACGUUGUGGACAAUGUUAUUCAGAGGUAAAACCCUUUCUAAAGCCUGACAAGAGCAUUACUAGCCAUCUGUAUUCAAGUGCCACAAAACCUAUAAUGCUAUAAACUGUCAAUGUAGAUGAACAAAGUGACUACAUACCUCUGUCCAUCCAAUGUGGUGACAUAUUUGUUUGCUACUAGAUUCAGGCACUGUUUCCUGUUGAGUAUUUCCUGUCAAAAAGCAAAAAGAUAAUCAGUGAUGGUGGGGCUUGGUGGGGAUGAACUAAGACUAAAGUCUUAACGUGUUAAUAUCUGCUUUACUGUGUUGCUGUAAAAGUAGUAAAAGAGAAGAAGUCAAGUAUAAAGUUGAUGAAAAUUCUCUGUAGUUAUAACAUCGCUCCUCCCUUGGCGCUGGGAGAGUGAACACAGCAGUUUGCUGCACAGAGCGAACAUUCAUCUACAUUGGGCUGUUUAUUCAUAAAAACAUGGUUUUGUUUUUAACCAUAUUUUAGAAGCAUUUUUGAGAAUAAUUAAAGCCCAAGUACAUUUUGAAUGCAAACCUUUCAAUUCUCACUGGUGAUUUUAAGGUGCAUCUUCUCAGUAUCAAACCCUCACCUGAGUAUGGGGGUUGGAAAAAGGUUUCGAAGUUGGUAAAGGAUGUUCAGAAAUAAUUAUUUCAUCCGUAAUUAUUUAUAUUUAUUAUUAAAAGCUUUGCGUUAAUUUUCUAGUUUGAAAUUCAAUUUUGACCAUUGUAUUUGGACAAUUGAUCCGAGACAUGCUCAGCUUCAUUCAUAGCUAACAAAAAGGUUGAGAAAAAUAUUUGAAAUCAUUCAGUUUGUAAAGGUUUUGAACUAAAUGUUCACCUGAAAACUGUCAUUACUGCACUUGCACAAAAUGUUUCUUUUGUUGAGAAACUAUGGUAUUUCAUAUGUCAUUUUGUCAAGGGUAGGUAAUCAAUCAAUUGUACCAGUGAGAGGAACAGAAUAAAACGCUUUUGUUCUGGAGGACAACAGACGUAGCCAUGGGAGUCACCUCAAAUAGUGGAGGAAUUAUUCAGUUUACUACUUUAAAUUACUUUUGAACAUAUUUUCACAAAGUCAAACCUUUAUGCUGUUUGUUUGGGUGACCUUUGAGCUUGAAAUGGGGAUGUUGGGUGGAGAAUCACAUAAGCAGACCCUGAAAGGACAUUUAGGACAAAAUGAUGUGAAUGAGAGACGGGCGGUUUGUCUCCAUGUUAAAAAGCCAUUAGUGAGCACUGAAGUUUGUUCGUCAUUACUGUCUGCUGCCUUGUUCGUGUCUGACUGGACAAUUUAGAGAAGUUUCUUCCCAAAUGGAUGCUGACUUGGAAAUUGCGUAUUCCAAUUCAGAAACUAAAUAUUUAAAUAUUCUAGAUGGUUACAACUAACCAAAAUGUGACUGAAUCAAUUGUCCUGGAAAUUAGAGGAAUUAUCAGAGAACUGUGGCGCCUUUCGUUGAAUGGACACAAGUCACCGAGGCGUCACCUGAUCAUCAUGGCGGCGAGCUCGCAGCCUGUCGUGCAUGAACAAGGUCACAGAUGAGUUAUGGUGCCAUGUGAUAUAGGCAAAGCAACAGCAGUGUGUCAUAAAUGUUUUCAUCCAAUAAACAAAGUGAUGUGUUUCAUGAAACCAUA